AUGGAAAUUCCGGCCCCGUCCUCCCUGGAGGCGAGCGGCGGCGGCGCCGGCGGCGCCGAAGAGAGCGCCGCUCCGACGAGGAACGGCGUCUCCGGCCAGACGGGGGAUGCCCUGGAGGGCGACGGCGCCAGAGGCGUCGAGAGCGUCGCCACGGAGAGCGACGGCGCCGGCGGCGGCGAAGAGUGCGCCGCUCCGACGAGCAACGGCGUCCCCGGCCAGACGGGGGAUGCCCUGGAGGGCGACGGCGCCAGAGGCGUCGAGAGCGUCGCCACGGAGAGCGACGGCGCCGACCCCGGCGCCGCGGCGACGGAGAUCCACGAGCCCAAGCCAGAUCGGAAGACCUGCCACCAGUGCCGCCAGGGGAAAACUCACUUCGGGGCAGCUUGCAAGGUCGAGAAAAAAUAUGGGCUGUGCAAGCUCAGGUACUGCCGGAAAUGCUUGAUUAACAGGUAUGGGGAGAGUGAAGAUGCGGUGGAGCUGGACGAUUCCUGGGCCUGCCCCAAGUGCAGGGGGGAGUGCAACUGCAGUAAUUGCAGGAAAAUGAGCGGGAAGACACCGACGGGGAUACUGUCCCAUGCCGCCAAGGCGGUAGGGUGCUCUUCCGUCCAUGACUUGCUAAACAAAGGGGACGACGAGGUGGCUGCUGCGCAGAAGCUGGUAACCCCGCUGACGGCUAAUCGCACCUCAAAGAAGAAGCGAAACAGGGAUGUUGCGACAGAUGAUGCUACUGGUACCAAUGGAUUACUGGCUGAAGGGGAUGAUCAGAAUGCAGUUUCUUCUGUUCCUACCAAGAAGAAGAAGAAGGUUAAAUGCACAGUAGAUAACCGUCCUGCUGAUGACAAGUCCCUGCAGGGAACUGAGAGCCUUUGCGCUGUUGAGGAGGAAAUUGUGUUACCCAGGGGCACUCCUGUCACUAACGUUGCGGGUGCAGACCUGGAGGAGGAAGAUGUCGGGCCUGCACUUCAGUUUUAUGAGUUUUGCCGCUCAUUUGCUGAGUUUUUCCAUCUAAGGAAGGGGGAACCAGAAAAAAUUCUUCAAGAAAUCUCCGGAGGCCGCGAACUUCGAGUGGUGGCCUCACUUAUUGCUGAGCUUCACAUAAAGCUGUUUUCUAUUAUCAAACAAGACAGAGGGGAGAAGCCUCCGAAGUAUUCAAGAGAUGGAGAUCAAUGGAUAAUUGAUAUUGGCAAAUAUAUUAGUGGGUCAACCUUUAUCUCAAAGGAGUUGCCUCUUGACUGUUUGAAUCAGGGAGUAUCAGGAUAUAAGAUUUUGAGCCCUUCUUAUAAGCUACAUGUGCUGAAUUUUUUGUGUGAUGAGACUCUUUCUUGCGCAAAGUUGAGAAACUGGAUUGACAAAAAAAACGAAAAGGCAUCUGAGAGAAAGAGUGUUGCCAAGGAAAAAAUCCGUGCUGCAAAUGAGAAGGAAAGGGAGCUAAAAGGAAGACAGAGUGACAUGGCUAAAGAUGCGCUUUUCAUGGAAGGAGAAACUACUACCAUCAUGGAGACUAAUAAUCUCAUUUCUGAAGUAAAGGAGGCAAAUGAAGUCAAAAGAGCAGCUACAAAUGCAUUAGAGGAGGUGGGAGGUGUUCAGCGGACCAAACCUGUCAUGGUAGAUAAAGGGGUAGCAUAUUGGAAGCUGGAUGGGUAUUGUGAUAAUGCAACAAUAAUGCGUCAAGAGCUCGAUAGUGAAAACAUGAUGGGGAACAAAGACAAAUGGUUCAUGUUCACUGAGGAUGAAGAGAAAGUAAUUGUAGAUCACAUGGCUAAAAGGUCCCGGCGUCGGUUCAGAAAACGUACUGGGGUAUAAUGAUCUAAUGAUCUCAAUCUCUGGGUGUUUCAGCUGGUCGAAGGUGGAUGGACUAUGCUAGCCGAGACCUGAGAGCAUCUGUACUGUAAACGGUGGAGGCCAUAAAAAACAGAAAACAGUUUUGCUAUAGGAAAGUUAUACAAUUUUACAUUACAACUAACAGAAAUUGAAGAUUCAACUAAAGCAUCUGGAUCUGGAGCUUACCAUGUUGUGUGCAGACAGCAACGCAGGAAGUCUUUGUGGUGUAGUUUGUAACACCUUCUGCUGCUGUUCCCUUAACUGUAAUUAAGGAAAAGCCAUGGAAGGGCAGCUUUGUACUGAAAGUAACUUUGAAAUUAUAGUUGGAUGUGGUACAGUCGGGUUUCCAUGUUGUAUACUUAAUCGUUCUGUAGCAACAAGUUACCCUUGUCUUCCAGUUUCAAACUUUGGAGUUUUAGUCAA